AUGGCGUCGGUGAGAAAAGCUUUGAGUCGAUCCAAAGCACGUGCGGCGACGCUGCAUUUGACCGUGCGGGAAGCGAGCAUCGUGUUGGCGAUAUAUUUGUUGUCGCGGUACAAUCUCAAUGCUGUGGCAUUGUAUGUGGCUUCAAGAAAUGCGGUCCGGCAGCAACCGAGCCACAGUGCAGCAGAGGUGCGUGAGUUGACAGAAAGCCUGUACUUAGAAACUUCCAUCGACGAACUGAUUGCUUUGGAGUGUGGGGAACCUGGAAGACACGCGCGUGUCCGACACGCAGCAGUGUCGUUUUUGGCGGAACUGCGAACAGUUGAAUGGUUGGAGUCUCAAAACAUGCUCGGCGCCGCCCCUAGCUCGGCUGCCAUGGCCAGCAAGUAUCUGAUGUUUUGCGAAGCUUUUCAUGACUCCCGGUGGGACGGUGCGCUGGCGAGGGCGGUCCACAACAAUUCGCUGAAUCACAGCGCUGGGCGGUACUUGCGCAAGUGGUCUGCAGACUUCCGCGAACGCUGGAAUGUUGCUUUUCGAGUGCUUUCGGUGAAGCCUCCUGCACCUUGCGCAGAGCUUGCGGCGAAGGUAAAAACUCUGUGGCAGUGGGUGUUCUGGCUACGCCACUGCUGUAUCGGCGUUGGCAAGAUUCCAAUCUUGCUGAACUUGGAUGAAAGCUACAUCCCCUGGAGCCCUGGCUCACUUGCUGGCAAUGUUCUUCGCAAGACCAGAGUGACGGGCGCGAAGCGUCGCAGGGGAGGCUUUACUUAUACGCCCAUCAUCUGCACGAAUGAAGCUUUGCAGCCCUUGCUGCCCCGUUUCCUUGUGGCCAAGCGUUCUGUUCUCAGCGCUCGAGCAGUGCGGACUGUUUCUGCUCAGAAGCCGGACAACCUACAUAUUUGGCGUGAGGCAAGCGCGUGGUCAACGGUUCGGGUGAUGAAACGUGUACUCGAGGAACUGUCACAUGUAAUGGCUGCUUUCCCGGCCUUCCAAGCAAUCUUGCUUCUGGAUUGUCAUGCUUCCCACAUUCACCCCGACACGGUGCGCGCCGCGAACAACAGCAACAUCUGGAUGGCUGUCAUUCCAGCAGGCCUAACUGGGCUGAUUCAGCCUUUGGACACACUGGCCUUUUCGGCUUUCAAGUUCCAUCUCAAACAGCAAUUUCAGAUGGGUCUGGGAGAGAGCGAGACACUGCCAGAGGAUUUUUUACGCCGAGUCUUUGCUUUGAGCCAGACCUUUUUCAAUGGAAGGAAAUGGAAGGCAGGUUUUGCGUCUUUGGGGUUGGAGCCGGAGGCCCCUGUUCGCUUAUCGCGUGAUCUUCGACCAUAUCAAGAAGCCCUCGCGCUG